UUGGUUCCAUUUGCACAUCAAUCUAAUUAGGAUAUAUUGUGCAUCUGUGGUCUUCUCCAGCCCAACACCCGAGUCAUUAACCAAGCUGUACCCCUCACUUGCCCACUGAGAAGCACUAGAGGUGUCUCCUCUCAUUUUGCACCAUGAGCCAGGCGGAUGUGUCAACCUGCUCUGCUCCCCAGCAUGUCUUCCAGGAGGCUGUGAGACGGGGCAACACCAAGGAGCUCCACUCGCUCCUGCAGAACAUGAGCAGCUGCGAAUUUAACGUCAACUCGUUCGGACCGGAGGGUCAAACUGCGCUCCACCAAUCCGUCAUCGAUGGCAAUCUGGAGCUGGUCAAGUUGCUGGUCAAAUUCGGAGCGGACAUCCGGCUGGCCAACCGAGAAGGCUGGAGCGCGCUGCACAUUGCCGCAUUCGGUGGCCACCAGGACAUUGUGCUGUACCUCAUCACCAAGGCCAAGUACUCGAAUGGAGCACGGUGAUGACCUUUGGGGAAAGAAAAUCACUGCUUGGCCAAAUUUCAGAGACCAUGGCACAAAUCUUUUAAAACCAAAUGGGGUGGGUUGAAAGGGGUUCAGGGUAAAACUCAUAAGAUGAGUGAUCCAUCCAUCUCUGAUCCACAUCUGACAUUCACGCAUACGUGUUGUGCAUUGGUACUAAAGCUUUUUGCCCUGGAUGUUCAGAUCAGAUCAGGGCAUGGAAAGCUGGCUUGGAUGAACUCUAAUGGGGGCAGUCUUUGCUGGAUGUGAAAUGUCCCUCAUCGGGCCUCAGUGGAUGCUUGGGUGACCUGUUGUCCGGUUCACUUCUGUGAUCUUUGCUGAAUUUAGAGGGGAAAAAGAUGGCACUUGAGUAUGGUAUGCUGGAAUAUUUCAAAGGGAAGGUGAAUGAAGGCCAUCCUUGAUUUUGGGCUAACACUGUUUUAAUGAUAUUCUUCGAUCAAUCAGAAGUCAUUAACCUAUAUUCAAUGCAUAUAUCACAGCAGACAAUACCGUAUUUGUACUGUAAGUACUGUACACGAUAGCUUUACUGGGAUUUCUUCAUAAAGCAGUCCAUUUUGCCCUGCAGUCGCCUAUAGCAGAUGGCUUUCACACAAGCUCUGUGAGUAUAAGUGUAUAUGGUUAAUGUGUUACUAAAGAACUGCUGCUUUUGCUUCGGAUCAACGUCAGGAAAGUCGAGUUUGAAACACAGUUUAUCAACUUCUCAGUAUUUUUGAGUUUAUUAACACCCUAGUCAUCACUGUGAAUACAGGCUGGGUUUCUUAUUU